CUGCAGCUGCAGCAGCAGCAUCAUCAUCAUCAGCAGCAGCAUCCUCAGCAUCAUCUGCCGAGGAUGCGAGAGUCAUGGGCACCCGGAGCAGCCCCGCCAAGGCGUUUGACUACCUGCUCAAGGUUUUGCUUGUUGGCGACAGCGACGUGGGCAAGGGCGAGAUCCUCGCAAGCUUGGCCGGCCCCGGGGAGCAGGCGGGGCAGCAGAGGGGGGCAGCAACCGGGCAGCAGCAUAGCCGCCCCCCACGGCAGCUGCUGCAGCAACAACAACAACAGCAGCAGCAACAGCAGCAGCAGCAGCCGCCAGAACACGGGCCAGACUACAGCAGUGGCGUGGGAGUGGAUUGCAAAACGACGACCAUUCUUCUCGACGGGCGGCGCGUCAAGCUGCAGCUUUGGGACACAUCGGGACAGGGCAGGUUCUGCACGAUAUUCCGGUCCUAUUCCAGGGGAGCUCAGGGUAUUCUGCUCGUGUACGAUAUAACGAGCCGCUGGUCCUUCGACGGAAUUGACAGGUGGAUCAAGGAGAUCGAGGAGCACGCGCCGGGUGUGCCCAAGGUACUGGUCGGCAACCGGCUGCACCUGGCGUUCAAGCGGCAGGUGACGGCGGAGCAAGCGCAGGCGUACGCCGAGCGGAACGGCAUGGCGUUCUUCGAGGUCAGCCCCCUGUGCAACUUCAACGUGACCGAGUCGCUCACGGAGCUGUCGCGGGUGGUGCUCAUGCGGCACGGCAUGGACCGCCUCUUCUGGCCCAACAGCGUGCUGAGUUUGCAGGACUUGUGCUGCCGUGCCAUCGUCUCCUGCACGCCCAUCCACCUGGUGGACAAGCUGCCCAUCCCCGUGACGCUUCGGAGCAGCCUCAAGUCGUUCUCCAAGGCCAACGGCAUGAACGCGGUCAUCAUGCACGGACGCUCGUACGCCGCCACGGCCACGCUCAGGAGGGCGGGCGCCGGCAAGCCCACCAAGCCCACUGCCAGCCCACCCACGCCCAGCUGUACCCGCAGCAAUUGCAAGAUCUCUUAAGCCAUUUGCCGCCCCCUCCAACCCCCACCAACCCCCACCCCCACCCCACAUUCAACAAUGGGGCAUUUAUUUACGUAUUUAUUUCACUUCGGCCAAAAGCGAAAAGGGCUUCCGGUGUUGUCAUUCGUUUUAGCAGAACGUGACACACGUAAUUAUACUGGAGCUCUUCAAUUCCUUGGGAUAGAUCUGGAUCGCUGAAAAAGCCCCCCCCCCGCCCCCAUGUGAACGGGAGGUGAUUGUGCAGGGCUUAGUGAUGCCACCGGCAUCAUCGGCCACUUCACGCUGGGCGUGGCUUGCAGGGGGGCUUCCUGCCUUCGGAAGGCGGGACUAAUUUAAAAGGGUCCAAGUAAUGGACCGCAAUAUAAUUAGUCGAUGUUAAGUUUUAGUUGAUUAAUCGACCAUUUGUUCCAGCCUUAUAAAGGUAUUGAAGGAUGAGAAUUUAAACUCUCAAGCAAAUCUUCGGAUUUUUUUAGUUUUGACGUUUUGAGAUAAAAACGCGAUGCCUUUCAGUGGUCUUGUAUCAGAGCAAUUUAAAACGCCGCAUGCCGCUCUGGUACAAGGGGCGUUCUUGGCCUGCUGCGUUGCUGGGCAUUCACCCAUUCUUCUACACUGCAUGUGUUACUCCCAUGUGGUUGCUAUCGUAAAAUUUUCAUACAAUAUAUAUGCAGCAUAGACGACUUGUAGUAGCCCUUCACACCAGGAUACCUGGGGCCAGCCUCUUGCAAUAACUCAGCUACUUGCUAAAAAUAACACCUCCGCAACUUUUCUAAGUUAUAUAUAUUUAAAAAACAUUUGCAUGGACAUGUUCUUCGACCAACGUUCACUGCAAUGCCGACGUGAACUACAAUCACGCAUUUUCUGAUACUUUUUAAACAACAUAUUAUGAAAGUCACGCUGCCGUCGAUUAGAUGCCCACAAACGGCUAACACUAUACCACGAGUCAGCUGUAGUCAUUUUUAAGAAUUUAAGAUUUGAAACAUUGUUUUCACGUUGCUACUUAACGAAAAGCCAUAUAUAAUACAGUAUAAUAAAAAACACAAGAUUU